CGGCACACUUUAAACCUACUAAUACCAACUGUAAUAUUCACUACGUGCACCCACGUCCGUCCGCGCGCACUGUUGAUAGCACACGAAAAAGUCAACAUAACGUUGCCCCGUCCUUUUUGAUAGGCUUCACAGUCUCCACUUCAAAGGAAAAGCGCUGCGGAGUAAAAGUACGACAGCUUUUCCCCAGAGGAAUUGAGGCGAAGCGGAGCUGCAUCGGAGGGGGAAACGGGCUCUUGGCAAAUCAUUGAAAGUUGGAGUGUCUUGAAUGGGGAAGCGUACGUGAAAUUCACUCAGCUCGAACAGGAAAAGAGGACAAGCAGCUGCAAACAUAUUGCGACGUACAAAGUGUCAAGAGCAUUUCCCUUUUUUGAAUUGCCAGGAUGUUGUCUCGGCUAAGCGAGCGGCUAUGGGCAGACUGGAUUUGGUUUCCUGGAGGCUUUGGUUGGGCCGACAUGAAGGACCCCAAUGUCGUCCUACCUCAGUUACCAGACCUUUGGGCUUUCAUCCCGAUUGCCAUCUGCUUCCUGGUUGUCAGACCGAUAUUUGAAAGCUGGAUAGCGGUUCCUCUGGCGUCUCUGCUGGGAGUGAGGGACAAAAAGCGUGUUAGCCCUCCCUUGAAUCCCUUACUGGAGGCCCACUUCUGCAGUAUAUCCAAGCAACCCACACAGAGCUCCUUAGAAAAGUUAAGUAAACAGACAGACUACUCCGUGCGACAGGUGCAACGAUGGUUCAAGCAGCGGCGGAACCAGGACCGACCCAGCAAGAUAAAAAAGUUUCAGGAAGCCAGUUGGAGAUUUACCUUUUACCUUUUUGCUUUCUUUGCUGGCCUGGCAACCCUUAUUGAUAAACCAUGGUUCUAUAAUAUGACGAGGAUGUGGGAUAACUUCCCAAAAAUGCCACUCUUAGCAUCUCAGUACUGGUACUACAUGAUUGAACUGGGCUUCUAUGUAUCCCUGCUUGUGAGCGUAGCGUCAGAUGUCAAGCGUAAGGAUUUCAAAGAGCAAAUUGUUCACCAUAUUGCCACCAUUGUGCUCAUCGGUUUCUCCUGGCUGGUCAACUAUAUCAGGGGAGGGACUUUGAUCAUGUUAGCGCAUGACGCCUCUGACUAUCUCAUGGAGUCGGCCAAGAUGUUCAACUAUGCAGGUUGGAAGAGGACGUGCAACUUCAUAUUCGUUGUCUUUGCUGUAGUUUUCAUCAUCACCCGCCUCGUCAUUUUCCCUUUCUGCAUCAUACACGCUACGUUGGUGUACCCUCUGACCCUCUACGAGCCCUUCUUCGGCUUCUACUUCUUCAACGGUCUGCUGCUGUUGCUGCUGGCUCUGCACGUCUUCUGGGCGGCGCUCAUAGUACGCAUGGUCAUCAAGUUCCUCCCCGGCAAUGAAAUUGUUGAGGAUGAACGGAGCGACAAAGAAGAGACCGAGUCAGAGGAAGAAGAUGGCAGCGGCGAGCGGACCAGAAAGUUGAAAAAUGGACACAAGAAUGGUCACAUUCACAAUGGCCAUACCCCGCUCAACAACAACCGCCAAAAAAAGUACUAAGUGGACUUUGAGAGCAGUGCAAGGUGGGGAAGUCGAGGCCUUACAUGCGCCCCUCUCUUGAAAGCCAAAGAAUAUGAUUGUGGCAUGCGGAGAGGCAACACGAAAUAUUUUCUCACACACUAUUCACCUCUAAAUAGUACCAAUUCUGAUCACUGGAAAUUGACCAAGGAACAAUGGAGACCAUGAUUAUGUGCCUUUGGUACUGAGGUCUCUUGUUCGCUUUUUUCACUUCAUCAAAUUUAGUUGUUGCUGCUCUACUUGUAGCUUCAUGGCUUGUUACUGGAAGUGUUUUUUUUUUUUUUUUUUUUUUUUUUUUUCUCUCUCUCCCCCCACCCCUCUGAGGUACAGACGGACAUACCCUUCCCGCACAGCAUCGGGUUAACACUGUUCUAAGUAGUAUUGCCUUUAAACCUGACUAAUUACAUUCAAGCCAGUGAUACAAAGAAGGCAGUUCUUAGUAUGGGCCAUUUCCUGAUUUAAGUCAAUUUACUGACACGUAGUAGUAACUUUGUUACAAUAAUGUGCAAAGCAAAAUACUGUAUGGCAAAUAAGAAUUUUAACAGUUUGCGAAAGUGAGCCGCCAAGGUCGAAUUGCGCCUUGAUGAAAGCAAGUUGUAGUUGCUUUGCCUUUUUGGCAACAAAACCUGCACACACAGUCCAAAAUCAUUUUAACGUGUUAUUUUUGUUUAUGCUUAAUAUAUAUUUUUUUGUUUUGUGAUUGUAUUUGUUUCCAGUCCUGUUUAAAUGAGAAAAGUAACUCUGACCCAAAUACAGUCUUCCUUCUUUAUGGGAUGGAGUCAGUAGAAUUUAUUUUCAUUUUUUUCCGUAACCAAAGAUGCACUUUAUGGCUUCCUUUAUGGAUCCGUUUAAUUGUAGUCAGAGCAUAUAGGUUUACAUUUGGAUCUCAAUCUAAUUCAUUUUCCCCAGAGGUUUGGCUCCUUUUGUCAGUGUUUUGGUUCAAUGUUAACAAAAAGAGCUUGAUUUGUUAAAUCUACAAGUGCCUUUAUCGUUUGGAUUGUGAGUUGUUACUAAAUGCCAUCUUUUGUACCUCAACACAUCAACACAAUACGCACUGUCGCGCUCUGAGCCGAUUCUUACACCAAUUGUUUCCUGCCUCCUCCCAUCCGCUCCUUCCAAACAGCUUUGCCUCUAAAGUGUUUUUAGUCUAUGUUUUGCUGUUGUGUAAUAUCACAAGGAUUAAAAAAUAUUUGUAUAAAA